AUGCCUCCAAAACAGAAGUACACGGACCCCAAACUCCGCGAGGAGGUCAAGGAAGACAUCAAGCAGUCCGACAAGGGCGGCGCGCCGGGACAAUGGUCUGCUCGCAAGGCACAAAUGAUGGCGUCUGAAUACAAGAAGCGCGGCGGCGACUACACAACGCCCAAGUCCGACAAGGACAAGGAACAAAAACACCUCGACAAGUGGGGAGAAGAGGACUGGCAGACCAAGGAAGGCGAAGGGCAGGCGAAGCAGAGUGACGGGAGUCGUAAGCGCUACCUGCCCAAGAAGGCAUGGGAGCAGAUGGACGACGGAGAAAAGGAGGCGACGGACCAGAAGAAGCAGAAGGCGAGUAAGCAGGGAAAGCAGUUUGUGGGGAAUACGGAUAGGGCGAGGAGGGCUAGGAAGGAUGCGAAUGAGCAGGAGGAGGAGGAUUACGAGGGGCGGAAUGGAGGGGAGGGCGCAAAUGAGGACGAUGAGAAGGACGAUGAAGGUGAAGAGCAGGAGGAGGAGGAGGAGGAGAAGGAGAAGGAGAUGAAGGGAACGAAGCCGCAGCAGAAGGCCAAUGCUGGUAGGAAGCGCGGGCGGCCGCAGAAGGAGGAGGACAAGCAACAGGAAGAGGCACCGGCGCACAAGGCGCAGAAGAAGAGCGCUACUACUGCUGGCGUGAACAGGGGCCAGGACUCGUCGAAGGACAAGAAGGAUGGAGGGUCUCAGUCUCAGUCGGGGAAAACCGUCGGGUCGCGCAAAGACAACGCUGAGGCCCCCGCAAAGCAAGCCUCCCUGCAGCGUCUGCCCAAGAAGGGUACCAAGGCGUACUGGAAGGCCAUGCCGGGAUGGGUAGAUGGGGAUGUUGUUGAGGUGUUGAAGAAGGGGAAGAGCGUGGAUGGGAAGCAGGUCAAGGCCAGCAAGGAUGAUCCAAAGGUGGUGCUGAAGAGCAGUUCAUCGGGCAAGAUCUGUGUCCAUAAGGUGGACAACGUGUACUUUGACUGA